AUGAAGCAGAUAAUUAUCCCCGAGAUUCGCCGCCGCAUUGAGCAAAAGAAAAUAAGCGAGAAGCAAGAUCAGGACAUCUUCUACCUGGAUGUCAUGAUCGAGCUGGCUAUGAAAGAUGGGUAUUUGAGUCGCGACAACCAAGACAUCGACGAGCAUUUCCUGGACAAGAUCGCAAACCAUCUGCUCUUUAUUUGCCAUGAAAUGAUUUCGCCAUUCUGGAUGGUCGCAAGCAUGCUACUGUUCGAGCUCUGGUCGCGCCCAGAAUACGCGACUCCCCUCAGGAAAGAGCUCGAAUCCGCUCUGGAACUGACAGGGGGUCAAUGGAGUUUUGACUUGUUCAAACAAACGCCCAAGUUCGAGAGCUUUACAAAAGAGACUCUGCGCCUCAAUCCCCCUUCUGCCCUCACAAGUGGUCGGCAGCUCCUGAAACCUUUGACUCUUCAAUCAUUCGCCCACACAUUUAACCCUGGGGCUAAGAUAGGCUUUAUGCCUGCGCGAUGGGCCCAGCGAGAUCCGGACAACUAUCGAGACCCCAACACCUUUGAUGGCUAUCGCUUUGUGGAUCCCGCGACGGGGACCUGCGAUAUAAGCGGAACGAUCACACCCACCGAAAAGUGGCUGCCAUUUGCCAUCGGAGCCUCGACAUGCCCCGGACGUCUCGCUGGAACAAGAAUAACCCAGGUCAUGUUCGCCAAGAUCCUCUAUGGCUACGAUGCGAAUUUGGACGGUAUCGAUGCAGCAUUCUUUCUGCAUUACGACGGGGUGACUUGGCCGAACCCGGAAAUCACAGUGCUGGUCAGAACGCGCCAGGCCGAUGAAAACGACGGGCCUUUAUGUCCGUAA